ACUAUCAGCUGUCAAGUGGUGUAUUUCCUUUGGAAGGGCCAAAUCGAUUUACUGAUCGUUUGAUUUUUUAAUAUUGAGGCUGAGCGGAAUUCCCGAAUUUUACAAGGUUUUCGGAACUAGUGACGGUUACAAACAAAAACAUGGCUAUGCUGACAAGAAUCUUUGGGCGCACUUUGAUGCAGGCUACUGCCGCUCGCUCCAUACACACUACUUCAGCGGUCAAUCAGGAUUCAGGCGCUCUUGGAGGAAACCGUGUGACAUGCACUCUCAUUCCAGGCGACGGUGUUGGACCCGAGUUGGUAUAUGCGCUGCAGGAAGUGUUCAAGGCCACAAACGCACCAGUAGACUUUGAAAACUAUUUUUUGUCUGAGGUCAACCCGAUUUUGAGUGCCAAAUUGGAAGAUGUAGUUGCUUCAAUUCAGAAGAAUAAAGUUUGUAUAAAGGGAAUUUUGGCCACGCCUGAUUAUAGCGUUGCUGGAGAACUUGAAACGCUAAAUAUGAAAUUGCGUAGACAUCUCGAUUUGUAUGCGAACGUCGUGCACGUUCGUAGUUUGCCCAAUGUGAAAACUCGCCAUAAGAACAUCGACACGGUUAUCAUCCGUGAGCAAACUGAAGGCGAAUAUUCGGCACUCGAGCAUGAGUCUGUGACAGGUAUCGUGGAAUGCUUGAAAAUCAUUACAUCCAAAAAGUCGAUGCGUAUCGCCAAGUUUGCUUUCGACUAUGCUACCAAAAACAACCGCAAGAAGGUUACCGCUGUACACAAGGCCAACAUCAUGAAGUUAGGAGAUGGUCUAUUCCUUAAAUCGUGCGAGCAAAUGGCCAAUCUUUAUCCACGCAUCCAGUUUGAAAAAAUGAUCGUAGACAAUACUACUAUGCAAAUGGUUCAAAGGCCAAAUCAGUUCGACGUUAUGGUCACUCCUAACUUGUACGGCAAUAUUCUUGACAAUAUUGGCUCUGGCUUGGUUGGUGGUGCCGGUGUGGUGGCUGGUGCAUCAUACUCAGCUGAAACUGUAGUCUUUGAACCCGGUGCACGUCACACUUUCGCCGAAGCUGUUGGCAAAAAUGUUGCAAACCCUACUGCUAUGCUGCUCUGUGGUGCAAAAAUGUUGCGCCACGUUAACUUGCCAACAUACAGUGAAAUGAUAACUAACGCUGUCAACAAAGUUUUAAAUGACGGCAAAGUACGAACCAAGGAUUUGGGUGGCCAGUCAACUACUCAAGAUUUCACACGAGCUGUCAUAUUCAACAUCCACUAGAUUUCGUCUCAACUGUCGGCAACCAUUAAAACCAAGUAAAAAAGGUGAAAUACGAUCAGUCUCUAAAAAUAUACAACAACGGCUGUAAAAAUAAAUUGUCAACCCAAACGUUAAUGUGUAGAAUUGACUAACAACUAUCAUCGAGUCCUGAUAAAUUUUACGCACCUAAUGUAGUUUUUAUUUUUUUUAUUAUCCAUUAAGUAUUAAUUUGGCCAAUAUGUACUUCACAAAAUUUUAUGUUAGACAUUUUAUGUAAAGCUGUGUUAUCAAAAUAACUAUUAUGGUGGAAGCCCACAACAUAUUCAGAUAUAAGUUUUGUAUGAAAAGCACUGAAAACGUGCAAAGCGUUGAAUUGUGGUCGGAUUUUAAGCUUCUUCUGAUAAACAUGUACUAGUUCAAAUUUUUAAGAUCCCUUAUAUAACAUAUUCAGUUGUUGCACUUUAGCGCUUGGGAUUUUUCCCUUCAUAUAAUCUAAAUUGUACUUUUCACACUGCAUGCUACCCAAAAUAUCUUAACAACUAAAUUCAUAGCACAGUUCAAUUAAUUAUGUUCGCCAUGCCAUAUAAAUGUGUAUGUUUGUAGCGAACAUCGCUUCUGUACUCUUAAUUGACGAAAAUAUAAACUUUAAUACAAAAUAAAAUCAAUUCUACAAACACAUAA